CGGGCCGUUCACCAUGCACUGCCACGCCGAGCUGCGGCUGAGCUCGCCCGGUCAGCUCAAAGCAGCCAGGCGGCGCUACAAGACUUUCAUGAUCGACGAGAUCCUCUCCAAGGAAACCUGCGACUACUUUGAGAAACUUUCCCUCUACUCAGUAUGCCCAUCGCUGGUUGUGCGACCCAAGCCUCUGCACUCCUGCACUGGCUCCGCAUCACUUCGGGCAUAUCCCCUCCUCUCAGUCAUCACCCGGCAGCCCACAGUUAUCUCCCACCUGGUCCCUGCCACCUCAGGAAUUGCCCAGGUGUUGUCCCAUCACUCGGCCACUGAGGUUGCUCCUGUGGAAGCCCCAGGCGGUGAGGCUCUGGCCAGCAGUGAAUCAGAGACUGAGCAGCUAACUCCCCGGCAGAAGAAACCCCGCCGCAGCCGCACCAUCUUCACAGAGCUGCAGCUCAUGGGCCUGGAGAAGAAAUUCCAGAAGCAGAAAUACUUGUCCACCCCAGACAGGUUGGACUUGGCCCAGUCUCUUGGACUCACUCAACUACAGGUGAAGACAUGGUAUCAGAAUCGCAGGAUGAAAUGGAAGAAAAUGGUUCUUAAAGGUGGACAGGAAGCACCCACAAAACCCAAAGGCCGUCCUAAGAAGAACUCCAUCCCCACAUCUGAGGAGAUUGAAGCAGAAGAGAAGAUGAAUAGCCAGGCUCAGAGCCAACAAUGCCCAGAGGUCUCUCAGAGGCACGAGGGGCCCGGUGGCCCAAAGGAACCGGAGGCCUGUGAUGGUCCCUUGGAGGUGGCAGAGCACCCAGGCCAACCCCAGGAGUUGCCAGUAACCUCUUUGGAACCCCCACCAUCAAGCUAAAAUAAACCUCUUUUGGGGCAUGGGGGGAGACUGGG